AUGACCAAUGCAAAAACAAGACCUCUUCAUGACUUCAGAUUUCCUCCAAAAGGUAAACAGCCACAAGUUGUGGUGAAACCACCAGCCCAUGCAGUUACAUCAGAAGAUGCUGUUAAAAAGUGUCAAUUUAAACUCAAGUCCAGCCUAAAGGAGAAGUUCCAGUGCAUGUCUGAAGGGGUUGCUGAAGAAGGAAACCCAAUCCUUCUGAAUCAGAUCUACACAGAGCUCUACAUCACAGAGGGAGGGACUGCAGACGUCUGUAAAGAACAUGAUCUCAAACAGGCUGAAACAACAAUCAGACAAGAAGACAUCUUUAAAGGCACACCUGGAAGAAAAGAACCAAUCAGAACAGUGCUGACAAUGGGAGUUGCUGGCAUUGGGAAAACAGUCUUAACACAAAAAUACACCCUCGACUGGGCUGAAGACAAAGCCAACCAGGACAUCCAGUUCAUAUUUCCAUUCACUUUCAGAGAGCUGAAUGUGCUGAAAGAGGAAAAGUUCAGCUUGGUGGAACUUAUUCAUCACGUCUUUACUGAAACCAAAGAAGCAGGAAUCUGCAGCUUUGAAGACUUCCAGGUUAUGUUUAUCUUUGAUGGUCUGGAUGAGUGUCGACCUCCUCUAGACUUCAACAACACUGAGAGUGUGACUGAUAUUACAGAGUCAACGGCAGUUUGUGCACUUCUGGCAAAUUUAAUCAGGGGGAAACUUCUUCCAUCUUGUCGACUCUGGGUAACAGCGCGACCAGCAGCUGCCAAUCAGAUCCCUCCUGACUAUGUUGACAUGGUGACAGAGGUCAGAGGGUUCACUGACCCACAGAAGGAGGAGUACUUCAGGAAGAGAUCUGGAGAUGAAGCCAGCAGGAUCAUCUCCCACAUCAAGACAUCACGAAGCCUCCACAUCAUGUGCCACAUCCCAGUCUUCUGCUGGAUCACUGCUACAGUUCUGGAAGAUGUGCUGAAAACCAGAGAGGGAGGACAGCUGCCCAAGACCCUGACUGAGAUGUACAUCCACUUCCUGGUAGUUCAGAUCAAAGUGAAGAAGAGCAAGAAGAUGAUUGAGUCUCUGGGAAAACUGGCUUUUGAUCAGCUGCAGAAAGGAAACCUGAUCUUCUAUGAAUCAGACUUGACAGAGUGUGGCAUCAAUAUCAGAGCAGCCUCAAUGUACUCAGGACUGUUUACACAGAUCUUCAAAAAGGAGAGAGGACUAUACCAGGACAAGCUGUUCUGCUUCAUCCACCUGAGUGUUCAAGAGUUUCUGGCUGCUCUUAAUGUCCAUCUGACUUUCAUCAACACUGGACUCAAUCUGCCGGAAGGACGACAAAGAAAAAAACGACAAUCUCUCCACCGGAGUGCUUUGAACAAGGCCUUGCAGAGUCCAAAUGGACACCUGGACUUGUUCCUCCGCUUCCUCCUGGGUUUCUCACUGGAGACCAAUCAGAUUCUCCUACGAGGUCUGCUGCCACAGACAGAAAGUAGCUCACAGACCAAUCAGGAAAUAGUCCAGUACAUAAAGAAGAAGCUCAGUGAGAAUCUGUCUGCAGAGCAAAGCAUCAAUCUACUCCAUUGUCUGAAUGAACUUAAAGAUCCUCUUCUAGUGGAGAAGAUCCAACAGUCCUUGAGAUCAGGAAGUAUCUCCACAGAUAAACUGUCUCCUGGUCAGUGGUCAGCUCUGGUCUUCAUCUUAUUGUCAUCAGAAGUAGAGCUGAAUGUGUUUGACCUGAAGAAAUACUCUGCUUCAGAGGAGGCUCUUCUGAGGCUGCUGCCAGUGGUCGAAGCCUCCAGUAAUGCUCUAUUGAGUGGCUCUAACCUCUUAGAGAGAAGUUGUAAGGCACUGUCCUCAGUUCUCAGCUCCCAGUCGUCUAGUCUAAGGAAGCUGGACCUGAGUAACAAUGACCUGGAGGAUUCGGGAGCAGAGCUUCUGUUUGCUGGUUUGGCAAGUCCACACUCUAAACUGGAAACUCUGAGUCUCUCAGGCUGUCUGAUCACAGGCAAAUUCUAUACGUCUUUGGCUUCUUUGGCUCUAACCUCUAACCUUGGCCAUCUGAGAGAUUUGGACCUGAGGUACAAUAACCUAGGGGACUCAGGUGGAAAGCUACGGGACCUACUGAGACCGAUAACUUUAAGAGUGGAGCCUACUGGAGUCCAAUGGUUGAGACCAGGUCUGAGGAAGUAUUCCUGUCAACUCACAAUCGACACAAACACAGUACACACAAACCUCAAACUGUCUGACAACAACAGGAAGGUGACACGUGUGAAAGAGGUUGAGUCAUAUCCUGAUCAUCCAGACAGAUUUGAUGGUUUUUAUCAACUGUUGUGUGGAAAUGAUCUGAUUGAUCGCUGUUACUGGGAGGUCGAGUGGAGAGGAAAGGUUGAGGUAUCAGUGAGCUACAAAGGAAUUGGGAGGAAAGGAGGCAGUAAUGACUGUGGGUUUGGAUACAAUGAAAAGUCCUGGAGUCUGAGCUUCUCUGACAAUGGUCCUGAUUCUGUCUGGCACAAUAACAGAAAAGAAUCCACAUUCUUCUCCUCCUCCUCUGUGUCUAACAGAGUGGCAGUGUAUGUGGACUGUCCUGCUGGCACCCUGUCCUUCUACAGAGUCUCGUCUGACACUCUGAUCCUCCUCUACACCUUCAACACCACAUUCACUGAAAGUCUUUAUCCUGGAUUUUGGGUCGGGUUUGGUUCCUCAGUGUGUCUGUGCUGA